AUGGGAGCGAGGUGCAGCUCUGCUGGCCCCCGGGAGCUGGGUGAGCAGUCUGUCACCGUCACCACGACCAUCAUGCAUGUGACAUCUUUUGGAGGGUUGCCAAGAGUGGCGGCUCUGCCUCCUGUCUUCUGGCUGCCCCUGCUGAGCCGUCUGUGCCCGGCUGACCAACACCAGGAGGCAGAGGAUGAUGUCUGCAUCCGGGGGCUGCCUUCGCUUAAGAGAGGGUGGGGGGUGAGCAUCGUGUGCGCGGGCGGGAGCCGCGCGGCCCCUGUCGGGGAGAUGCAGAGCGCCCUGCAGGGAGGGCCAGCCGGAGCUCUUCCCUGGAGCCUCCACCGCCUGCGCCCCCCGCUCCUCGUGCCCACCUACGCGUACAGCCUGCACGGGGAGCUCGAGCCGGGGGUGGUGAUGCGCAAGCGCUUCUGCGCCGGCCAGGAGGCCGCGGCCAUGGACUGCGUGGCCGGCUACGCUCUGUGCUUGGACGUGACCGCCAGGGACAUGCAGGAAGAGUGCAAGAAAAAGGGGCUGCCUGGGACUCAGGCCAAGAGCUCCACGGCCUCCUGCCCCGUCAGAGUGUUGGUGCCCAAAGAGAAGACUCCUGACCCUCAAAACCUGAAGCUCUGGCUCAAGGUCAAUGGCUAA